GUCCGCCCGGCGGAGAUCAUCCAAUUCCCCGUCAAGUCGGGGACUUCAGUCAUGCACGGCACCCUUCACCCCGUUGGGUUCAUGAGGGGGGUGAUGGCGCCGAAGGACAGGUCCGUUCUGGCCCGCCUCGGGGAUGACAUCCUCGAUUACAAAGUCGCAAGCUACAGCACUAUGGCUGCGCUGGCCGCCUCGGAGCAGGCCCGGAGGGUGGAACAGCUGAGGAUAGCGAAGGUUCAGGCGGACGAGGCCUUGAAGAAGUCUGAUGAGGAGAUCUCUAUCCUCCGGAAAAGGCUCGCCGAUGCCGAGGAAGCCCUUCGACUGGAGAAGGAUAGCAAUGAGCAAAGGCUGAAAGAUGCCGAAGCUAAGGCGAAGGCCGCCGCCGAGGAAGCCGCCGCUGCCAUUGCCAGGACCGUUGCCGAGGCCGCCGAAAAUGAAAAGGCCGAAGCGGUGGCUGAUGCCAGAAAGAAAGCGGUUGAGGCUUUUCUUGCCGAGGGCUGGACGGCAUUGGACCACGAGGGGUGGGUGGCCUCCGUGGUGGAGCAGAAGGUUGACUCCUGGGUGAAAGGCCCUGGUGCUGAAUGGCUUGCCCGAAAGGGUAAAGAUUAUUAUGACGGUGGUGAAUUCUUCACUCAGAAGCUGGUCUACCGUCGGCUGGCUAGGCAUCUGAAGAUUGAUCCGAAAGAUUUCGAUCCGGCGACCUAUGGCCUUCCCCCUCUUCAGCCAGAUGUCAGAGUACCCCUCCCCCCGGGUGAAGAGAGGCCAGAUUUGGAGGACUCCGAGCUCAUGCAAGAGGGCGAGGAUGAUGAAGAGGAAGUCAGAGAGGAUGCCACUUCGAGGCCGAAGGAUGAUGGAGC